AUGGAGGACACUGAAAACUCCGUGGAUGCAAAAUCCAUUAAAACUUUAGAAACACAGAUCAUACAUGGAAUCAAAUCAGUGGACUCCAGAAUAUUCUUGGACAAUAGAUACAAAAUGGAUUAUCCUGAAAUGGGUCUAUGUACAGUAAUUAAUAAUAAGAACUUCCAUGAAAGCACUGGAAUGGCAGCUCGAUCUGGUACAGAUGUAGAUGCAGCAAACAUCAGGGAAACAUUUAUGAACUUGAAAGAUGAAGUGAGAAAUAAAAAUGAUCUUACAUGUGAAGAAAUUAUGGAAUUGAUGUGUAAUGUUUCUAAAGAAGAUCAUAGCAAAAGGAGCAGCUUUAUUUGUGUCAUUCUAAGCCAUGGUGAAGAAGGAAGAUUAACAGAGCUCUUUGUAGGGUAUCUUUGUAGAAGGCUAGCUGGAAAACCCAAACUUUUCAUUAUUCAGGCUUGUUGGGGCACAGAACUAGACUGUGGUAUUGAGACAGAUGGUAGUUUUGAUGAUGACGUGGCAUGCCAGAAAAUACCAGUGGAGACCGACUUUUUGUAUGCAUAUUCCACAGCACCAGGGUACUAUUCCUGGAGAAAUUCAAGGGAUGGGUCCUGGUUCAUUCAGUCACUUUGUGCUAUGCUGAAAUUGUAUGCACACAAGCUUGAAUUUAUGCACAUUCUUACUCAUGUUAACUGGAAGGUAACAACAGAAUUUGAGUCCUUUUCCUAUGAUGCUACUUUUCAUGCAAAGAAACAAAUUCCAUGUAUUUUGUUCAUGCUCACAAAAGAACUGUAUUUUUAUCACUAAAAAGUGGUUGACUUUUUUUAAGUUUUUAUGUCAAGUGAGAAAACUAUAAAUGGUACUGUAUUUCCUUCUCUAAUUGAAUACUUAAGAACCGUACCAUUUCCUAGCAAAAGAACCACAAUGAAGCUACCUACCUCAAGCUCGAAUCAGGUAGCUGAAAUUGAAUUUAAUUAGGA